UAGUGGCUGCCCAUGUAGGCUGGGCCCUUGCCCUACUAGGAGGGGUGACAGGGUCACCUGUUGGGCCCUAUACCUUCAGGGCAACUCCCAGAGCAUGGAUCCCUCCUGAUUCCUCUCUGGCCCCAAUGUUCCUCACGGUCAAGCUGCUCUUGGGCCGAAGAUGCAGCCUGAAGGUAUCUGGAAAAGAAAGUGUGGCCACACUGAAGAAACUGGUUUCUCAGCACCUGCAGGUACCGGAGGAGCAGCAGCACCUGCUGUUCCGAGGCCAGCUCCUGGCUGAUGACAAAUACCUCUCAGAUUACAGCAUUGGGCCCAAUGCUUCCAUCAAUGUCAUCAUGCGGCCUCAAGAGGAUGCAGCGCUGGAUAAGACCCAUCAAAUCCAGCCCCUGUGGCUCCAGCUGGGCCAGGUCCUAGACAAACAUUUUGGAGCAAAGGAUGCAAAGACAGUGCUGGGUUUUUUGAGGCAAGAACACGAGGAGCGUCUGCAGAGGCUGAGCCUGGAGGCCCUGGAGCAGUUGGUGGGCCAACUCCUAGCACAACAGCAGCUUGAUGAGCUGGCAGAGGAAAAGGAAACCCCUGCUGUUGCAUCAGAACUCCAGCAAAAUGAUGAAGGAGGAGGAGGAGGGACAGGCGGAGAAGGAGGAGGGAAGAAGGAAGAAGAGGAGGGUGAGAAGGAUGAGGAGGAGGCUGAUCAGUAAAUUGGCCCAUCCUUCUCUUGCUCACUAAACUUCCCCUGGAC